AACCCGUGGAAGUGCCCGCACUGCCCGUUCAUCCAGCACUCGCGCCGCACCCCAGACUUGAAGCGGCAUAUUGCCACCCACGGUCAACCUGACGUCGUUUGGACGUGUCGCGGGGUACCGCUGCGCUACGCCGGCGACCCGAAGUACACGAGGAUGGCGGUGCCGAUGGAGGAGGUGCAGGCGGCGGUGGAGUGCGGGCGGACGAUGGUUGGGGGAUGUAUGAAGGAGUUCUCCCGCAAGGAUGCGCUGACACGGCACCUGAAGAACCGGCAAUUAUCGUGCGCAGGGAGGCAGGCUGUGGAGGAGUGGCAUUGCGUGGAGAGCUGA